UCACAAUCCUACAUUUCUCACAGUACAGUGAGGAGAACAAUACGCGAUUGGCCGUCCUUUUUCAAUGCAAGCCACCCGAAUGUCCGAAAUUUGACAGGUUUUUAGAUUUUUUUCGUGUAAAAAUUGUGGAAAAUGACAAGUUUUUAUAAAGUGGAAGUUAAUAAAACUGUAUGGGAAGUUCCGGUGAGAUAUCAACAGUUAUCUGCAGUUGGUUCAGGAGCAUACGGCCAAGUUUGUUCUGCUGUUGAUAGCCAAACUAAAAAGAAAGUGGCAAUAAAAAAGCUAGCCCGUCCAUUUCAGACUGCUGUCCAUGCCAAGAGGACAUAUCGAGAAUUAAAAUUGUUGAAACACAUGCGUCAUGAAAAUGUCAUAGGGCUCCUAGAUGUCUUUUAUCCAAGACAUGAUAAUAGUCAAAUUUAUUUGGUUACCCAUUUAAUGGGGGCUGACUUGAACAACAUAAUUCGCACACAAAGGCUUACUGAUGAUCAUGUGCAAUUUUUGGUGUAUCAGAUCUUGAGAGGAUUAAAGUACAUUCACUCUGCAGGCAUUAUCCAUAGAGACUUGAAACCAUCAAACAUAGCAGUUAAUGAAGAUUGUGAACUGAAAAUAUUAGAUUUUGGUUUGGCAAGGCCUACAGAAACAGAAAUGACUGGCUAUGUUGCCACAAGAUGGUACAGAGCUCCAGAAAUAAUGUUGAAUUGGAUGCAUUAUAAUCAAACUGUUGAUAUUUGGUCUGUUGGAUGUAUUAUGGCAGAACUAAUGACUGGAAAAACAUUGUUUCCAGGAACAGAUCAUAUUCAUCAGCUUAAUUUGAUAAUGGAAAUACUAGGCACUCCAAACGAGGAAUUUAUGAACAGGAUCACAUCUGAAAGUGCUAGAAAUUACAUAAAAUCAUUACCUCCAAUGCAUAAAAAAGAUCUUUUCCAAUAUUUUUACGGUGCAAAUCCAAAAGCUGUAGAUUUACUUAGUCUUAUGUUAGAAAUAGAUAGCGAAAAACGUAUAACAGCUGAACAGGCGCUCGCACAUCCUUAUUUGGCAGCUUAUUCGGACCCAAAUGAUGAACCAACAUCAGCGCCAUUUGAUCAAAGUGAAGAAACAAUAAAUUAUCCAGUUGAACAGUGGAGAGAAUUAGUAUUAGAAGAAGUAAAUUCUUUUGUGUAUGUUCCCAUGCCCAAUGAAGAAAGCAGGGAGUAAGUAAGCCUUUCUGCAAAGGAAUAUACAACGAUUUUUUUUGAUUUUUCAUGUAUAGAAUUUAGACAGAAUAAGAACAAUUGGAACUGAAUUACGUAGCUACUGUAUAUAAGUACAUACUAAAAAAUUCCUAACGUCAUGUCAAUAACCAAUAUCAAUUUAUGUUCCUUAAAUUUUUAGCUUUUGUAUUAUUUACAUUCUUUGAUAUGAAAGUUUGGAAUUGUUUAUAAAUGUAGUAACUUAAUAUAUUUUUUUACAUUUUGGCAAAAAUGUACGUAACUGCUUUUUCUACUUAAAGAAGGUUCAUCCGGCUUCUAUUUAACUUAUAUUUAAUUAUUUAAGGUAUCAUUAUUUUUUGGCAUCACUCAGAAUAUUUUUGAAUGUGUUGCCAAGCUUGUAAGCACAUGAAGUUCAUCAGUACGGAAAAAAAUAAAAAGAUAUAAGGUUCCUAUAUUUACGUCCACAUAUAUUUUUUCAUAGAUACAAUUGUGUUAUCUUCUCUAUCAAUACGCACAGAUGGCUUUUAUGAAUUACAAUGUUCAUAAUAUAGAAACCCAUUAUGCCUGAUUGAUUAUACUUUUUGUAAAAAGUAGUUUUAAGGCUGUUUGAGUUUCAUUGUUUUAUGUACAUAAUAUAAAAAUGUAAUUAUUAUAUGGUUAAAUAGCGCUCACUCUUUCUGCUCAUUUUAUUGCAUAUCGAUUAAUUAAGAAUGUGUUUAACUGGUGUUUAAUAGAAAAAAAAUUCUAAGAGGAAGUACCAAUAUUUUUUGAUAUCUCAGUGUGUAGAAUAAAACCUUUUAUAUUUAUUUUAAAUUUUUUUUAUAAUCCGUUGAAGCGUUAUUUGUUUGAAUUUAUUUACAUCAUAAGAAAUCGCGCAAUUUGGAUAGGCAAACAAAAUCAUCCAAGUUUUGAGAUUAGAGUUGUUUACUACUAGAUCCCAUCAUAGUGUUAUUGUUUGUUAUAGGGGAUAUUCGAAAAUUUGGCUAGAAAUUUGUGUAAAUAUCAAUGAUGGGGGGAGAUAUGAUUUUUUUUAACUAACUUUGUUAAACAGUUUUUUUAAUUAUAAUCUAACAGAGUUAGGUGUAUGUAUCAUAUAUAUGCAUAUUUCAUGUGCAUACAUACAUCUGUGUUAUGUAUGUAUGUAUAUUCGAAUAUCUUAAUUUGUUGAAUUAGUUUUAGUGAACUUUAGAGAACAUGUCUACUGAGGCAAGGCUGUAUUUGAAUUUAUCUUCUAUACAAAGUAAAUAAUAGCAAUAUAAAAGUUGGAAAUUUCAUGUCAAUUAGAAAAUAUAUUUUUAUCUUCA